ACUACUAUCACACGGUGAAUCAGGAGUGCGUCAUCGAAGCAGUGUUUUGAAAUUUAGUACGGAAAUUGAAAGCUCGUAUACUACUGCAGAUAUGUUAGAAUUAUCUACAAGGCAUGCUAAAUCAUAGUUUAUUUAGUGGAGAGGUCACCUGAAGGCUGAAGUUUUGCAGUAGAAGCACUGCUCUUAAGAUUAGAAUACUUGUAAACAUGUGUACGGUCGAGCGGUGUUGUCGCUCCACAACGUGGACCUACUUGGUUGCCGUUUUGGUAUUUUCCUCCGUUUUAGACUUAACUUCUGCACAGUUGUACUUGUUUGUGUCAAAGGAGGAUGCGAGGAAUUACCUGAGUGAGUAUUUCUCUUUCGAGAAAGGGGAAAAGUGUGUAAAAAUAUCCCGCACCAUGUGGACAAGAAGAAAUCAAUCAAGAUUUGUUGUUCUAUUGCAGAAUUGGACUUCCAAGAGAAACUGUAUCUCAUUCAAGCCGGAUUACCAGCAACGAUGCUAAAAAAUCCUACAGCAUUUCACGAUUUUAUGGCCCCGAUAGAGCCGUCAACCUCAGAACUACGAAUUAGCUGGUUUUCCUUGCCCCAGGUGAGUGAGACGUGACUACAGCGAUGAGGAGCGAUGAGGAAUAUUUAUAGAUUCAAUGGCGGAGUGUUUUGAUUUGAACUCGGGCUGAACAAAGUCCGCUACCGCUGCUGGAAAGAGUAAUUCGGCGAUUUCUUUUCGCGAUUUAGUCAUAGUUUUCAUUUUUGUUUAAAUUUUAGUCUAUUUCAGAGAGUAAAAAGUUUUCGUGUGCCAAGUAUCUUUCGGUAGUAGAACAAACACAAUACAAUACUAGCUAGGUUUACGCAAUGCCUUGCUAAGGUUCUCUUGGGUUGUCGUCUGACCUUUUAAUCAUUUCUAUAUUCUUUCUGUACAGCUUAAGUAGAUUCUAGAACACAAAUCUGUUUUCGAAAGGUGUCUCAGAAAAAUGUAAGCGAAAUUUUACGGCCCCAAUAUCGUAAAAAAGAAACAGGGGGACUUAUUUUUCUAUUUAUUAUCAUUCACUGUUUGCAUCGGGGAAUGCAUUCUUUCAAUCGUUGUUGUUUGCUUAGCAAUGAAUGUGAAGAGUCCUAGUUCUGCGAUUUCGAGGUCAAUUCUGUUCGCUCGGUUUGAUUUCGUUAGCCCUUUCAGUGGGCUUUGUUAAUCAUUAUAUUCUACGAUCCGAUAAUUCUUGCCUGUAAGGUGUACGCGUAUGUUAUGAUGUAUUUAUUGUUGUUUUCAAAUAGUGUGGUCGCAUUAUGUCUUACAAUGAAUGGAAAUGUCCUACACCUUGUUAGAAGAGUUUCUUCUUUGCGGUGUUCAUUUUUUACAAAGUAACGACGAACGAGGCUUUAUGUCUAGUACUUUGGCGACGAAGCCAUUAUCUGGCAAAAUAGAAAACGCUUGGCGAAUUGUAUGCCCGUUUUCGAAUGAAUAUUCAUAAAUGGAAUAUUAUCCUUCUGGAAUGCGAUCGCCAAAACUUAGUUUCCCAAUGAAAACAUCAUCGAACAUCGCAAGGUGGUCUGUGUUUUUACUUUUAAAUUGAUUCUCCAACUUUUUCUUUCGUCCUUUUUGAGAGCAGGAUCAAAUCAUGUCAUUGCUAUUUUCACGUAUCAUGCUGUGGUGCUUAAGUUGUGGAAUAAUUCGAAUGGUUUUGUUCUUCCGUUGGUUUGAGUCAUUUCCUGUUGUUCAAGUCGAGACUUUUGUAAGACACGAAAAGUCUUGUUUCACUAAUCAACGAAAGAUCUGAGAUAGGCAAUAAAACGACAGACAAUUUCAACAGAUAAAGAACGUGGCUUGUUGCAACACAGUUUAAAGUACAAUGUUGGCAUCUUAACUGGAUUUGUUAGGAAUUUUCGAGGACAAUACAAAAACAGCCUCCAAACAAUAAAUUAUACACGCUCUAUACUUGUGAUCUUGGCCUUUUCUAAUAUCUUUUGAGAAUUUUAUUUUGCAGUUUUAUGUCAGAGUGCAGGGGAACUAUUUUUUAUUAUUCAACAAUAUUAAUGCAGCUUAGUUAAGUAAAACUAAAGCUUUUUCUUCCACUUCGAGCAUUAUAUUGAACAUUUUGUGGAUAAUUUUCAAGUGGUCAUAAAUAUUCAUUUGCAAUAUAAAGACAGGUAGAAUAAAAACAUUACUAUUAGUGAAGUUACAUAUACAACUAGGUAAUUUUUGUUCUGUGGGCAGAAGCCUUUAGCUCUUCCUGAGUAACACAUGGUAAGAAUAACUUGUGUGCAUUGCAAUUGCAGACUACUCAGUUGCAACUAGGGUGUUUUUCAUUUCAAAGCAUUGUUAAAUUUGGGUCAAAAAUGUAGUUGGAUGAUCAGGCUAAGUGGAAAAUUUGUAAGAAAAAGGUAGAGUGAUCUGCUUAUCUGAGUGGUCGGUGGAUCUUUGAUGAGCUUCAGAUAUUCUUGUUUCAGCAAGCAUGCUGAGAUGUCAUAGGCUGGGGAAGUGUUUGUUGAUUGGGGAAGUUGGUUGGAAAGCACGAAGAUUUUAUGACUCUGUAAUAUGAAUUGAGCUUAAAGGUCACAGUAUAAAAUGGUGGAUUGUUUUGUCAAAGUGUCAUAGCUUUUCUCUAAAUCAGCUUAGUGACAAGUGUCUUAAGUUAUGUAACUUGUUUGUGGCAUGUGUAUACCAUACAUGCAUGUGUAUUGUCUGUUCUCGUAGUUUAAAGUUCCAACCCUUUUAAAUAAUCUGGGCCAAAAGAUACUUGAUACCACUGACAUGAUUUCAACAAAGCCAUAAUUAUUUAUUGUGCAAGACAAAAAAAUGAGCAAUGACCUCCAAACUUUGACAAAACUCCUAUUUAGCAAAUCAGGUGCAAAAUGGAUGGGAAACAGGUUUCUUUUUUGUGGUGAAAGGUCUUAGAUGAAUGUAGAAGUGAUAUUUCUUGUUUGUUCAUUAGAAUUUUGAAAUGUUAUGGGUAAUUAUGAAAUUAACUGUUAUUCAGGGGGUGGUUUAUUGAUCUUAGAAUGUAAGAUAUGGAUUUUAAGGGCAGGGCUGUUUUACAACUUGAGGAAAUUAAGCACAAGCAGCACUGUAAGUGACAGCAUUCAAAUAUGUAAAAUCUUUUGCCGGCAAAUGCCUCUAGAGAACUCUGGUUUAACACUUCUCCUUUGAUCCAUCAACAAUUAUUGCAAAAUAAUAAUAUUGACCUUCAAACUCUAUCUUUUACCACAGUGGGCAGGAUAUGUUUCAAACUGUCAAAGCUUUGCCUGUCAUUGGACAAAAGUUUUGUUUUGGAGUGAUAGUUUUGAGUCAACAUGCAAAGUUGCUACAACUCAUAAUCUCACCACAAUAUUAACUCUCCUUGUGGUUAUAUUUUCUAUAAAAUGUUACCAGUAUGUUUUAAGUUGUAAGUACAAAACAUAACAUGAUGUUUUAAAGGUAAACUCACUUGCUCACAUCUGUCAAACAAUGACAUUCUCUGUCAACCGACAAAGGCUAACUUUUAUUUAAAGAAAGUCAGUGAUGAAAAUUCUCCCUGUUGCAGCAUACUAGCACAGAUGUAAUGUGACCUAAGUUGUAAAGCAAUGUCUCGCUUCAAGAUCAACUGACCCAUGUCUCGUUGGAGUAAUUCUCAAAAGUCCAAUUAAUUUUUCUCCUUAUUUCUGUAAUGCUAUAUUUACUCUGGUUCGCUGUUUCAUGUUUUGCAGGUUUCCCAUUACAGCAUGAGCUUUGAAUCAAGUGAUCGAAGCAUCAUGGGGGAUCCACGACCAUCAAUUCCACUUCAGGGCAUUGUAGGGCAGGCCACUCACAGUAAGAAUUUCUCUCAUUAACUCUUUAAUCCCCAAUAUCCCCUGGCAAAUUCUCAGACUGAUUUCCAUACAUUUUCUUAAAGGAUAAGUUGAGAGAAUUUGAUAAAAAGGUCAAAGCAUUUUACCUUUUGUGAUUACUUCAUUAAUUCUUGGAAUAUUUUCUCUUGAUUGUGUGUUGUUGUCGUUAGGAGAAAAUUUAUGUUGAUUGCUCCUGGCAGGGAUCCAUACUCAUUUUUUCUCAGAGUGGUGAGCCGGGCAUACUUGCCCGUGUACAAUUUGGGUUGGGUGGGCAAAAGUGCAGAAUUAUACAAACUUAAAAGAAUGGUGAAAAAAUUGCGUGCAACUUGAACAGUUUUGAUUAGCAUUUAUGUUUUACAAGUAGCCAUGGUUGGUCAGUUUUCCAUGAAGGCAAGAAUGUGCUUGCGUUUUCUCCCGUAUGAGGCAGUUGCUCUUGCGAAACAUCUAAAAGGGUGUAAGGCACCGGCUUCUUGCUCACCUUUUUUUUUCUCACCAAAGUCGAUGAAACGCCUUUUAAAAAAUGCCAGAUCUUGACGAUUGGUUUCACGUUUUCUACGACUGGCCUCUGAAUGCAGUGCUUCACAAAAAACUGAGCAUGGGAUCAUUUCGUAGAAAAUGCUACACUAUCAAAGAUGGCGUCCAAACUUACGAUUUCGUUGCAGACAGAAGCUGCUUGUUAUUCUCAAUUAUUCUAAAAGGUUUAAGUGGGUCAGAAAAGUAAUCUCAAUUCAGGGAAAAUGAUAAUUUUUGAAAAGAUUUUGUGGUUGAGCAAAACCUCACUUGCCAGAAGGGGGACUUUUGAAGUUAUCUUAAUUUUUCGUACUAGAUUCUAGUCAUCUGGGACGACCAGAUGACUGGGAAUAUGGAUCCCUGUCAUGGGAUUUAAAGGGGUAACCUUUUCUAAAAAAAAAGAAAAGAUAGGCUGCUACCAUGACUUAUCAGCACUUAUGUCUGCGUUGUUUAUUAAUGAAACACAUUUUUUUCUGUUUUUAUUUUACUAGUGUUUUCAAUUCGCUUUACAUGUACUGGUAAAACGACUGGUCAAGUUGACAUGACUUUUAAUCUCAACUACACAAAAGUUACAGCAGCAUCAGUUGAUGUAGAGGAUUUUAAGUCAUUUUCAAUUACAGCAAGGAGGAAAUGCUUAAAAACAGGUAUCUGUUUUUAUUUUUCUUCACUGCCUUUUCUAUUAAAAAAGCCUUCGAAGUAAUUAUUUCCAAGGGAAUGUUUACUUGCAAGUCAGCUUGUAAAUCACCUAUAUUGCAAUUACCUGGGCCACACUAAACAUUGGACUUGGACUUAUGAAGAUAGGUGUGUGGUUUAUUAUGAAACAUGCCUUGGGACUGUGCUCUUGCAGAGCCUGGUGGCUCCUGGCACCUAACCUUUGUUCUUGGGUAACUAGAGAAUCUAAGAUUUUUCAUACAAAUCAUAUGCUGGGCACCCUAGAUUUUACAGUUUCAGAGGACUGGGCUCUCUUCAGUUUUCCUCACUGCACAGCCUUGUACCAUAUCUUGUAUCUGGCCUUCAGAAUCAUCACUUUUCUUGCUUACAAACAUUGCCAACACAGCAUGACUGCAUAGUCUUCAACAGUUUCUAAAAAGUACUUGGCGAAGGCCACCUUUUUUAAUUCCUUAUUUUUAUUUUGCUUACAGGUGGGGAUGAUGAUAGCACAGAAAUUGCUAAACCUGCAGCAGCCACCCCAUCAAUCUGGUCACGUGGACUGAUCGUUGGACUCUCUGCAGGCCUGACUGUUGUCAUCUUAUUAAUAGCUGGACUAUUGAUAUUAUGUCGUUAUGUCUUGAGACAGAGGAAGCUAAAAAUAAAUUUUGAGAAUGAACUGGAAAUGGGUGACAGCAGGUACUGGAACCCUUGUUCUAUGACUUUAUGUCUAAGUUUUACAGGUGACACUCAAACGUUUUUGUUGUUGUUGUUGUUAUUGAAGUGAAGUGUAAUAGAGUAUGUGAAAUUGUUGAAUACCAGGAAAAUUUUUGCUGAUAUCAUUGUUUACAUUUUUGUUCAUUAGCAUGCAUGUUAACCCAUAGAAGGCAUCUCCAUAUGCACAAAUUAAAUUCAAAAGUUGAAAGAGUUGGUUAAUUUGAGCAAUUUGCAGCUCUUUGUAAGCAAAAACAAAGGAAAUAGCGGCCAUCGAAAACUGCGAAAUUGCUGAGUGGCAAAAACCUUAAAGAUCCCAUACAUUCUUUGUUAAGUUUCAAGUUUUUCAGAGAUAAUUUGUCCAAAAUUAUUCAAUUUAUUGGGCUCAAAUUUUCUCAGAUUACUGUAACUGUUUUGUUCUUUCAAUAUUUACGUAGUUUGUUUAAGGUGUUUCGAUACAGUUUUCAGAGGCCAUACCAACAUUUUUCAAUCGCCUUAAAAGUGGUUUUUUAAAGCUUUCCUGCAGCUGACACCUGAGUCAAAGAAAUUUGGGCAGAAGAUAGUUUUCUUACUGACUAACUUGGUUUCACAUUCGUUCCUUCUAAGUGCCUAUCUUAAUAUUGUAUUUCAGGCCCCAAAAGGUUUACACAUACUCAAAAAGUGAAGUAAAAGUUGAAGAUGAUGAACUGGAUGAUCCCGUAACUGUUUCUAAAACAGGAGUUUUCUACAGCCCACCAAAACCAAAGUUUUUACCGGCUGAGGGGCGUGGCCGCAUAAACUCUUCUGGUAGCGACACUUCAAUAUCUAAACUUAUAAUUCCAGAAGAAGACAGUGAUUCACACAUUCCAGAACAGCCAGAGGGAAAAUACAGCAACAAGGAUGCCAGACAUAGUUCAAGACAUAAACACAGAAGACAUGAAAAAUCCAGGAAAGGAGGUAAGAUUUAUAAUAGAGUGAGCAUGAAUUCUUUGCAAGGUUUUACCCUGGGAAAAUUAUAGGAAGCCUAGUGUAUCAAAAGUUAUGAAUUUUGGUGUCCAGUCUAUUAAAUCCUGAGCAAAAGCUACAACCAGUUACAAAAAUGUUGAGACACUCCAAGGAAAAACCGGCUUUUCUUAUUUCAAAUUGCCGCUAGUCACACAACUGUGAGAUAUAAUACUCAACCCCUCCCAUCCAUUCAAAGUUGUUGCUUAGAGUUCUGAGCAUGAUCUUGUCUUACAAGACAACUGUCAAUCAAUGUGUAAGUAGCCAGUACGUGAGUUGGAAAUCUUGAAAAGCCAAAACUUGACCAGUCAAUUAAGAAAGGCCCUGCAGAGAUGGCUUGGAAUCUUGGCUUAAAUGACGUCUUGUGUGCUUUUACAAAGACACCUUUAACUAUGAUCGGUUCCUUCAAGGGAAUACCCCAUGCAAGAUGAACACUACAUCAAGACAUGUUUUGUUUUCCUCUGCAGUUCCAAAGUACAGUUGGAUUCACGAGAGACCAUCAUCAUCGUCAUCCUUGUCAUCCCACGAGACAGAAUCUUUAUUAGAGAGGCGUAACAGUGAGUCAGAUUUUGUUUUAUCUGUCUGGUUUAGAAGUAUUUUAAAUUUUUACUGUAGGAGGGUUUAUGAAUAUUAUGUGGAUUAUAGAUUCUACGUUUUAGGCAAAGUUUGUCAGCUGGUACAUUUUUUAUUUGUAUAUUUUGACAACAUUUGUUUUACAAUAUUAUUAUUAGAGCUUUCAGAAAACCUUGAUGUAUUUGAACUGGUUCAUCUUAUGUUCAGUAAUAAUACCCAGUGCUUCAAGCUCAAGACUUUUCAAGGUCGCCUGAAAUGAUAGAAUGGUUGCCAGACUUCACAUGUAUUAAAAAGAGAUACUUUGUGCGAUACUGCAUGAAUUGUUUAAGAGUUUCCAAACUAUCGCAGUUGAACUUGGAAGUACAUGCCAUAUCUCCAGGUUAUUUGCCUGAACAACCAUGGUUAAAGAAAAUACCCUGAAUACUCUGGCAUAAUGUCAAGAUAAAAGUUUAAUGUUACUGUUUUAAUUUUUUACAGCUCCUGAUGAAAUUCAGAACAUAGAAGGUUUAUUCACUUCUCUAAAUGAAUUUUGGGCAGCAGAGUUCGCUGAUUUACUACUGUCACGAGACCAGGUGUCUGUUGGAGAACCCUUGAUUAGAGGUAAAGUGAAAAAUUCUUGCUUCACUCUACCUCCACCCACAGCCAAAUAUAAAAAUUUCAUGUUCAACGUGACAUUAACAUUUCGACAAUAUGUUAGAUUUAUCCACCUGCAGGGAUAAUGUUAUUGUCUUUUAAAAAGAUCAUUAACCUUUCAUCAGAAUGGUUAUGCUGAUUGUUAAAAUUUCUUGUACUGCAGGAACUUUUGGGUGUUUAUACAAAGGCACUGUGCGUGGGCUUUUUGACGAACAGCCUCGUAAGAAGAUUGAUGUUUCCAUCAAGGCUCUUCGAGGUAUGAAAGUGUUGCUUUUGUUGGUAUUAAAUGGGAGAAUUUAAAAUGCUUAAAGGUUUGUAUUCAACUUCAGCUUUUAAAGUGAGGAGAAAGUGCAUUAACAAAUUUUGUUAAGUCUAAAAUGAUUUGUUUUUUUCUUUGCAGAUGAAGCUGACGUGGAUACAAUCACAUCUUUCAUUCAGGAAGCCGUAGUUAUUAAGGAUCUGAAACAUCCCAACAUUGUUGAACUUGUGGGCGUGGUUCUCCAGCGUGCAGCGGCCCCUUAUAUCGUCACGCCUUUGACUAGGAAUGGAGAUUUAGGUCACUUUUUGAAGAUUUCAAGGGCAACAUCUGCUCGAGUACAGGUAAAAUCAUCAAUCCUAGAGUUUUAAAGUGAAAUGAUCAGACUUUGCAGGGAUUGCAAUAAUAAUAAUAGCCAGCAGGUUUGAAUAGAGUAACCAACUGUUUCAGCAAGGGGUCAUUGGUCCCCUUUUUCUUACUCGUAGCAAUGAACAAAUGUCAAUAAUCAAAAUUAAGUACAUUUGCACAUAAACAAAUUCUGUAUAAACCUACGAAGAAAGGCAUCCAGCAAGUGAUGAGCAUCAAAUAUAUGCUGUAAACUGGCCCUUUUCAAAAUUCAGAUACUUCUUAGCAUUUAGUGUUUUUCCCAGCUAGCCAUCCUGUUUCUAAACUUGUCAAUACCAUGGAAUUAAUACUUCAAGGAUUAUAAAUAAUAUUGUAAUUUUUUGUUGCCAUUGAAACAUGUGUUCUGUCUCUUAACAGACGAUUACAUCACGACAGCUGAUAGAGUUUGGAAUUGGAAUCUGCAGUGGAAUGGAUUACAUAAGUCGAAAACAAAUAGUACACAGGAAUCUUGCAGCCAAAAAUUGCAUGUAAGAUUGAAUUUUAUGGAUUUUGUUUGCCUUUUUGGUUCCAUGAAAGGGUUUGAUAAAAAUAUUGUGCAUACAGAUUAAGCAAUUGUUGUCAACAGAAGAUGAGUAAAUAAUUCUUAAAAAAAGCUUCAAUGGAAUUGGAGCCCUAAGAUCUAUGUUAUUUGUAUGGUGUAACUUCCCUACUGAACUGUGGAAUCACACUGGGAUUGGAAACUGGGGAAUUAAAUGGGCUCGGUGUUUCUGUGAAAGUAUUAAGUAUUUGUUUUUGUGUCUAAUAUAGAGGUGAGAAUUAAGGCCAUUUUGGUGAUUCAAACAGUAUUGCAGUGGUGGCAUAAUUAUUGCAUUGUAGCUGUUAUUCCACCAGUAAUCAGAAGACACAAUCAGUGGUAAAAUUCCACCAUCAGAACUAUCGCUAUUGGAACAUUUGCAAUCAGUGAUCUUGACAUUUCUGGUCUCUUUCAGUGUUGAUGAUGACCUGAGCAUCAGGAUAACAGAUUUCAGUCUUGCUAAAGAUGUAAACUCCACCAACUUAAAUGACAAAGGAAUUCGAUCCAGGCUGCUGGUGAAAUGGUCUGCUCCUGAGAGUCUCCAAGAAGGAGGACAAUUCUCAGAGAAAAGUGAUGUGGUAUGUUUAGUUCCUUACAAUUUUUGAUAAUUGUACUGAUUUCAAUCUGUCACUUUUGGAGAAAUAAUGUUGAUCAACAGUUCAAUUUGAAGGUGUAAAAAGGGGGUUGACACUGAUCAAGGAAAAAAUAAGGGAAGCCGUUUUCAUUUCAUCCACAUGGCAGACCUUAUUUUCCUCUGUUUAUUGCCUCAUCCAUAGAGUUACUUUCACCAUUUGCCCAUCUCUCCCUUGCCCACCAUCCCAAUGUAUUUUGGGUGAUGGGCAAAUGGCUACCAAUCAUUAUAACGUCAUCAUAACCAAGGUUUUGGACACAUUUUCGACAGUUUGUUUUAGUACUGUGACAGUUUAAAAUAAUCUAAAUGAACAUUCUUUAAAGGCAGAGUUGUUCAUUUCAGAGUUUAAAUUUCUAUUCCUUUGAAGUGGAGUGACACUGGCUGACAGAUAUCUUAAUUUUUGAUUUGGUCUGUAUUAUGUACAACCUAUAAGAGUUGUCAGAAAUUUGUUUUAAAAAAAAACUUCAAAAUAACUGUCAAACUUGUAGCAUUUUCAUCUCUACAGUGGAAAUAAGGCAUACCAGUAGUUUGAUUCAUAGAACUUUCAAUCAAAUAACUGGUGUUUUGGCUUGUGAUCUUAGACAAGGGCUGCAUUUUUCUCUUGUGCUCUUAUUGAGGUUUUAAUAGUGUUCAAGCUAUUAUGGACAGUUUCUUACAACUGUUUGUCUUCUUUGUAGUGGUCAUUUGGUGUAGUGUUAUGGGAGCUUGUCACUUUAGCAAAAGCACCAUAUCAAGCCAUUGACAACUCAAAAAUGGAGCAGCAUUUGCAAGCGGGACAGAGACUUCCUCAACCAAGCAACUGUCCUCAAGACCUGUGAGUUUUACUGGCUUAUGAAUACUGUAAACUGUCACCUUUAAGCCCCCAGCCCACCUUAUUGGCCUAUCUUCCAGUAAGCAAAAAAUACACCUGAUUAUAAGCCCCCUUCUAGCUUUCCAUUUCUUGAAUUCAAUUUAUGGUGAUGGUUUGAAGCUUAUUUAAAAAUCAGUAAAUGCAAAAUGUUUUGAUCAUCACUGCUAGUAUUGUAGCCUUUUUCAAAGCUCAUUUUCUGUUCCAGUUACAAGUGCCGUCAGAUAAUAAUAUUAUAAGCCUCUCUGUUUAUAAGCCAUCUUAAAACCCCUUUCAAAGUUGUAUAAGCCUUGGGCUUUUAAGCAGCAGUUUAUUAUCAGGAUCUGGCUCUUCAAGUUUUCUCAUGAACAAACUUAACAUGAUAAUUAUGUUGGUUUAUUUUUUGCAGAUAUUUGUUGAUGAAGAAUUGCUGGGAGUCUAGUCCUACAUCAAGACCAACAUUCAACUUGUUACUGAAGCAAUUGGAACAUUUUGUGACAAGACUCACACAGAAUGGUGUCAAGUUUGAAUAUCUACCAGAAUCCAUCUGUUAAUGAUAACAGUUUGUUGCAAAAAGACAGGCCAAGCUGUUGUCAAAGGAAAAAAUACUGUUGUAGCAAUUAAUUAAUUUUAUAUUAUUGUACCAUAAGAUUCUGUUAAAUUUUGUAUAUUGUACAAAGUCAAAUUAUACAUUGCUUAGAAAUUUAAUCUUUCAUUGUUGCAGAGGCGCUCGUUUGGUGCCUCACAAAAUAUUUGAAAAACGUUUGUAGCUUCUUUGUUAAAUGUUGUAUAGAUCACUUUAAUUAUGAACCUUCAUUCUCAUCAGUUAAAAAAAACAUUCCUCUUUCUAGUCCUUGUAUUCAAAUUUUGAGAUCACAUGUUAACCUUAAAAUCUUAUGAAUGAUUUUAUCACUUUUAUAUCUCUAACCCACAAAACUUUCUGCAUGUUGCAACAUUUGCCAGCUCAUGUUGUUUAAGGACUUUCUCUACUCUUAAACCUCACUGUUACAAAGUGUAGACCCAGACAUGGUGCUCAGUUAUCAAUUGAAUUGUGAGUAGCACUGUUCUGUUAAAUUUAGUUGCUGAAUGAGAAAUCCACAGUUAUGUUUCAGUUUUCUUUUAAUAUUCCCAUGGUAGAUCACUCAAUUUCAUCAUCUCAGGAGGAAAUUAUUGAUCCAUACCAAAGCUGAGUACAUCCCAAAUUAUAUUUGUAGUAAAGAGAGGUAUUUUUCUACAGAACAAACCACAUCCUCAAGCAGACAGUGUACACAGUAAUAUCCUACUUAUGAUGUAUGUUUUUGAAAAUUGAAGAUAUUUUUUGUCUUAAUGCUGAUAACUGCAAAUGAAUGUUUGCAAAUUUCGGCAGAUUUUCAUUCAAAUCUGUCAUGCAGGGCCAUGUCGAGCCCAAAAUAUUUUUUUCAGUUCAAAAGCAUCAGGCUCAGUUUAAUUGUUUUGACCGUUGUAGAGAUUAAUAUUAUUAUUGAAUGUAAAUAGCUGUAAACAGC